AUGGCUUCCCAUCAAUUCAUCAACGGCGUCUACUACCCGUGUUGGCGCAUCUAUCGUGGCCAUGCACCGUCAUCUCUUCAACUGGAUGCCAUCUCACACGUUUACUAUGCUUUCGUGCUUGUCAAUCACGAUGGUACGCUCCGCUUCCUCGAUGAACACGCCGACUGUGCCAUAGCAGCUGAUGGCGAGAAGGGGUGCCUCUCGGCGCUUGCCAAACUCAAGUCACAACGCCCAGGACUGAAGACUCUUGUGUCAAUUGGAGGCGGUAGCGGAAGCGCCGAGUUUCCAGUGAUGGCUGCCAACCCAGCUGCCCGUGUUACUUUCGCACGAUCCUGCAGAGAGUUCGUUGAGAGAUGGCACCUGGACGGUGUAGAUAUUGAUUGGGAACACCCAGAGACACCACAUGACGGGGUCAACUACAUGGCUAUGCUGAGGGAUCUACGCCAAGCGCUGCCCUCUCCAUGGUUUCAGAUAUCUACUGCGUUGCCCGUAGGCCAGUAUUGCCUAAAGCACAUUGACCUCGCUGCCACAGGCCAGCUUCUCGACUGCCUCAACCUCAUGGGUUACGAUUUCAACGGACCUUGGACUGAUGUCUGCGGCCAUCACGCGCAGCUGCUCCCGCCGGCCGGUAGGCUCGAGCAUGUGUACCCCCGGUUAAGGAAUUCUUGCCACGGGGGCGUCGAGUACAUCCUCUCGCGCGGGUUCCCAGCCAGGAAGCUUGUGCUCGGGAUCCCCGUUUACGCCAGAGCUUUCGAAGGAGCACACGGCAUUGGCCAACCCUUCAAAGCAGCCCAUGAGCUUGAGUAUAAUGAGUUGCCUCCAGAGUGGAUUCAGCGGGUUUCUGUGGAUCGCCAUGCUGGGGCAGCGAGUUUUGUGGAUAACUCAGUGGGUGGCAAGGGGUUUGUCAGCUUCGACGUCCCUGCUACUGUUGAACGGAAAGCACAGUAUGUGAGAGAAAUGGGGCUAGGUGGUCUUUUUUAUUGGACCGGUGUAGGUGAUGUAAAGGGCCCCGAUAGCUUGGUGCGCACUGGAUACCGAGCCCUGCAUGGCAUCCCUCAACCAGCAUAA